GUUCCCAUUUGUCAUAUAGGUCAGCGUGACCCACUGAGAAUUCUUGGGAUGGAUUAGUUCAAAAAACAAACCUCUCUCCUGACAUUAUCUGACUUCUCUGGACACUUCAUAUUUUGAGGAUCUCAAGAAACCAGCUGAGCUCACAUGAAGUCACACAGUGUGGAUCAUGACAUAACAAUCAGAAGGUCCGCCAGGGCGCCCAGGCAGAGGUCCAACCACACUGACAGUUCAGAAAGCAGGUAACUAUCCUGAGUUAUUUUAUUCAAAUCCAACACUCAAGAGUUCUCACAUUUCCCAAUAAAGAACUGAUCGCGGCAAGAAAGAACAUCUCAUCUGCUGCUCUACAAAGAACUCCAAAGGAUACAACUGAAAUGACAAGUACACAAUUUGAUUGUCAAUACUGCACAGCAUCCCUUCUUGGGAAGAAGUAUGUACUCAAGGAUGAUAAUCUAUACUGCAUCUCCUGCUACGAUCGUAUCUUUUCUAACUAUUGUGAGCAGUGUAAAGAACCAAUCGAAUCAGAUUCUAAGGAUCUUUGUUACAAAAACCGUCACUGGCAUGAAGGAUGCUUCAGGUGCAACAAGUGCCAUCACUCUUUGGUGGAAAAGCCUUUUGUUGCCAAGGAUGAGCGCCUGCUGUGCACAGACUGCUAUUCCAAUGAGUGUUCCUCCAAGUGCUUCCACUGCAAGAGAACCAUCAUGCCAGGUUCUCGGAAAAUGGAAUUUAAGGGCAAUUACUGGCAUGAAACCUGCUUUGUGUGUGAGCACUGCCGACAGCCAAUAGGAACCAAGCCUUUGAUCUCGAAAGAGAGUGGCAAUUAUUGUGUGCCCUGUUUUGAGAAGGAGUUUGCUCAUUACUGCAACUUCUGUAAGAAGGUGAUAACUUCUGGUGGGAUAACCUUCCGUGACCAGAUAUGGCAUAAAGAGUGCUUUCUGUGCAGCGGCUGCAGGAAAGAGCUUUAUGAGGAGGCAUUUAUGUCAAAGGAUGAUUUCCCAUUCUGCCUGGAUUGCUACAACCAUCUCUAUGCUAAAAAGUGUGCAGCCUGCACCAAACCCAUCACUGGCCUCAGAGGUGCCAAGUUCAUCUGCUUUCAAGACCGCCAGUGGCACAGUGAGUGCUUCAACUGUGGAAAGUGCUCGGUCUCCUUGGUUGGGGAAGGAUUCUUGACCCAGAACAUGGAAAUCUUAUGCCGCAAGUGUGGCUCUGGAGCAGACACUGACAUGUAGAAAGAGACAAGUCUUUCCCCACCUGAAAUCCAAUUUGUCCUUGCUCUCACUAAAUCUGGAACUUAUUGGCACUAA